CAACUUGCUGUUCAUUCUAUUUGAACUUGAAAAACUUAGGACAACCUUAUAAUCUCUGCGUAUGCCCCAAAUCAUUUUACUGCUCUAUAAUAAAGAACGCUUCUCAGCGGGCGCGCAUCUUUAUACGUUUUCAAAUUUGACUACCGCGCGAUUAAGAAUCUUGAAAUUUUCUUGACCAACAUUUUGUAUUUCUGAUUUUUUCUUUAUACAGGAAAUAAAAAGUUAUCAUUUUGGAUUUGAAUUUGUGGUUUUUGCUUAAAAGGUCAGCGCUUAGAAUCCUGGCAAUUGAAUUUGCCAUUUGUUUACUCUUUGAGAGGAGAUGGAUAGUGUGUCCAGAUUUGAUUCAAAGGUUGCGUUAGCGCAGAAAAGAGGUUUAGUAGAUGAUGAAGAGGGUUCGGAACGUUCUUCAAAAAGAGUGAAGCCGGAUCUUGAAUCCAUUUCUCGACCGGAAGCUCAAUCAGGAAGAGGAGGAAGCAACAAGGCGCAGAAAGUGGUUAGCACUGCCCCAAGAGCUCUUGAUCUCAAUGCCAAUUUAGAUUUUGCUAGCAAUGUGGUUGGUGACGGUACUCCAGUGUGUAUCAAGGAACCCAACAGAUUGCCCAAAUCAGGGAAUGAACAAAAGUCGAGAGGGUUUGUUGUAGAUCUAAAUGCUGAAGAUAUUUCUAGUUCAAUCAACCAAGACCCAUUCUAUCCUUAUAAAAACUAUGAAAAUUUGAAAAAAAGGGAUGAUUCUGAUUGUGCAAGUUCAGUUGGUCCAGUGGAGGAAAAAGAUCCAAUGAGAGUUUGGAACAAGAUGAAACAAAACAAUUAUCUUUCCACUUCUUAUGCAGCAGCGACGAUGCCAAAGCCACGUGGGAGGAAGAAUAAAAAUGAAGUGAUUAAGAAAAAUAUAGAGCUUGCAAAGAAAGAACAGGUUGAUAGGUUUGCAAGAAUUGCUGCUCCAAGUGGGUUGCUUAAUGGGCUAAACCCUGGAAUCAUAAACCACGUGAGAAACAGUAAACAGGUUCAUUCUAUUAUAGAAGCUGUGGUAAAAUCUGCAAAAACUGAAAAUCAACAACCUGGAAGCAAGCAGACUAACCAAAGAAAAAGUGCCACGAAAGAAUUUAGUGAAAGGACGAACCUGGAACACAUGGAUUGUGGAGGAGUGAACGAAUAUGGAGUUAAUCAUGAAUAUAAUUUGUCAGGAAGAUGGCAGAUGAGUGCCUAUCCAUCAUUGAGCAAAUCAAUUUCUUUGAACUCCUAUCUUACCAGAGGAGAUGGUGAGCCAUAUAAGGCAGAAACAAGGAUCUCUGGUGGGGUGCCUUCACAGUACGCCCCAGAAAAUGAGGAUGGACUAACGCUAAAGCUUUCAUCAUCACUACCCGCUGCAUCAGAGAAUACUUGCCCUUCGUUAAAAGAGGAGUCAGCAAACCUUUCUGGUGUUACUUCACUUUCUGUUAAAGCUGCUAAUGCAGCUUCCCAAUGGUUGGAACUUCUUAAUCAAGAUAUCAAAGGACGACUUGCAGCUCUGCGACGUAGUAAGAAGAGAGUCCGUGCUGUAAUUCACACAGAAUUACCUCUCCUAGUGUCAAGAGAAUUCACAUCUAACCAAGAGACUGAUAUGCACAUAACGAAAGAUUCUGUUGCUCAUCAUCCUGACAAAGCAGCUGCCGAUGCACACUUUGUUAGAUGGAGCACACGGUUUGCUCAGAUGGAUAAAACACUUUGUGAAGAAGAGAAUCUUCUGGAAACUUGGCUGAAACAAGUAAAGGAAAUGCAGUUGCAUUGCGAAUGGGGUCUUUACAAACACAGUGGCCAGCGUUCUUUGCAGCAUAUGGGAAAUGACUGCAGAUUAGGGGAAACCGAUAUCUCAGAGAGGGACUUAUCCAUUAGGGCUGCUGCUGCUUCCAUAUAUUCAACCUGUAACUUCUUGUUGUCGAUGGAAAAUUUACCACAUCCCUAAUCAUUAACUAUUUCAACAAUAUACUGAAAUAUUCAGUAUAACUAUAGCAUUAGACUAAGUAGUGAAAUUUCUUUCUUUCUUUUUCUCUCUCUUUUUUUUUUUUUUCACAUACUGUUACCAUGUAACUUCUGAUGUUUAGAUCAUUAAGUUUUGAAUAUUUAUUUUUUAUCUUUCAUUGUUUCGGCAUUUGGGCUGACACGAACAAGUUGUACGUGUUUCUUA